AUGUCAAAGAAGACAGAGGAUAGCCAGCAGCCGUGGUCGAUAUCGCAGUACUUCCUUUGGACUUUCGGGUCCAUCCUGGCCGGCGGACUAUUCAUCACUGUCGCCGCCAUAUCGCUCACAGCCAUCGCUUCCGGCAUCGGCUUACUCUUCACUCUCGCGGGCGCCGUCUUUAGCGCCAUUGUCGGCGCUGCCACCUUGGCUGCUUUCGCGCUCUUGUCCGCCGCUGGUCUCCUGGCCACUCUCACAGGCAAUAUCAUCCUCGCGUCAGCCAGCGCAAUUGCCUGCCCGGCAUCUCAAGAGCCCAGCACGAACCCGAGUGUGCCGAGCGUGCCAUCAGUCCUUGCCUGCGAACCAUGCGCCGCCAAGUUUUUCGAGCCACCUGAGACACCAGUGGGAUUCGGCGCAUUUCAGAACUGCGCGGUCAAGACUGCCUGGCUCCUCCACCCGGCGGGCGAAACUUCGGACGUCAACUUUGCGGUCGACAAGGACAACGAUGUAGUCGUGGACUACAAGAUGCGAUUCGCGUGUCCCUCAAUCACGCCCGACGAGGCGCUGUCGGCCGGUAUUGCGAAGCUCGUGCAGGGAGCACACGAUGACUACAGGGUGUCUGUAUGGGUAGCGAAGGCGCUGCCCGAUGGGACGGCGAAGUAA